UGUCACAACUUACAAGUAAUCGAUUAUUCGGGGCUCGCCAUGGCCGCACGACCGCUGCAGCUUUAUGUCCUAUGCAUAUUUAUUUGCGGCCACCAAUUUUACCUCGUCCUUCAGCUCGCCACCCACAUGACUACUUAUCAGCUUGGAUAUGACAGGUCGGCUUGCUUGAGGGACAUUCGUACUAUCAGGUUGGAUAUCCUUUCUUGCUGGUACAGAUGGCGAUACACGUUUGAGGAAGACUGGGCCCUUCCAUAUGGUCUUCUUUGUCUUUACUAGGUCGCCAUACAGUCGCGUAGCGAGCUUUAUUGGUUGCGAAUAAGAAGGGAUCUGAUGUUUUG